UCCCUCCCGUGACGAUCACAUCACUCCACUUCACAUCUGCAAGUACGCAGCUGGAAGAAUAUCCCCACCAGCUUUGAUUUCAGUCUACUAACAGUUACAGUACUGAACCAGGCCGAACACUGAGUCAACAGGUAGGUCAGUCAGGAGACGAUGGAUUCCAUAUGAUCAGAUGUUUGUUUUAUGUCUCACUACAGUUGCAAACACUCUUCAUGUUGUAAUCCGUGUGAUGAGCGGUCGCUGUUUUUCAGGAUGGAGUUCAGACAUGGUGUGGGUCUGGAGGAGCUGUGUCCAGUGUGUGGAGACAAAGUCUCUGGUUACCACUACGAACCGUCUUCCUCAAGUGGACCCCUUCCUCUUCUUCAACCCUCGCAGGGUUUUUUCAAAAGAACGGUCCAGAACAACAAGAAGUACAUCUGCGCAGAGAACCGGGAGUGCAGGAUCGAUGUAAGUCAACGGAAGCGAUGUCCGUUCUGCAGAUUCCAAAAGUGUCUUCAUGUCGGCAUGAGGCUGGAAGCUGUUCGUGCAGAUCGAAUACGAGGUGGCAGGAACAAGUUCGGCCCCAUGUACAAGCAUGAUCGUGCCCUCAAGCAGCAGAGAAAGGCUCUGAUUCAAGCUAGCGGAUUCAGAAUAGACAGCAGUCCACCCCUGGGCUCCUCGACCCAGCAAAGAGACUUGACCUUUACUGGUGGCCUUCAUCCAGUUCCCAUCCUUCACUGCACCCCACUACCCACCGCACAGAACGACCGUAUCAGCUACCAGCCUCCAUCACUGUGUUCACUCCUGCCAUCCGACUCACCCGGUGUAAACCAGUACCAGUGUUCCUCCUCAAACUGGACCAUCAAGUCAGAGCACGUCAACAACUCUGCUGCAGGAAUCGACUCAGACGAGCUGUACUCAAGACCUCUCUCUCCAAGCGGUCCAAGGAUGCCACAGCUAGUGAUGGAGUUCAUGCGUUGUGAUCCAGACGAGCUCCAGCUGCAGAAUAAGAUCACUGCUCGUCUCCUGCAGGAGCACACGGACUGGGAGAAACAUGGGAACCCUAGCACCUUCGGUCUGAUGUGCCUCAUGGCCGACCAGACGCUGUUUGCCAUUGUGGAGUGGGCUCGCACAUCCAUCUUCUUCAAACAACUUAAGGUGAAUGACCAGAUGAAGUUGCUGCACAGCUGCUGGAGUGACCUGUUGCUCCUGGACAUCAUCUCCAGACAGGUCAUGUAUGGCAAAGAAGGCAGCCUGCUCCUGGUCACUGGGCAGGAGAUGGAGCUGUCCGAUUUAGCCUCCCAUGCUGGUCUCACUGUGGCCAACCUAGUCCAGAAAGGACAGGAGCUGGUUGAGAAGCUCCACAUCAUAAAGGUGGACCGCCAAGAGUUUGCCUGCAUCAAGUUCAUCAUUCUCUUUAACCCAGAUGUAAAGCAGCUUGAGGACCAUCAGUUCAUAGAGAGCGUGCAGGAGCAGGCUGAAGUAGCCCUGCUGGAGUACACGCUGUGCACCUCUUCUCACCUUCUCGGACGCUUUGCUCAUCUGCUGCUUUGUCUGUCCGAGCUACGCUCUCUCAGCACCCUCGCUGAAGACUACCUGUACGGCAAACACCUGAGUGGUGAGGUGCUGUGCAACAACCUGCUCAUUGAGAUGCUCCGUGCCAAGCGCAGCUGGUCAUGAAGGCUCAGGGACUCGGUGAAUGUCUGCACACGUUAGCGUACGGAGGCAUUAAGCUGUGCUCAAUGUCUAAUACAAUGAAAUUAUCCCUGAUGUUGUUCUCUGCUUUAAAACUGAAUUUCGGCAUUUAUAUAUACAAUGAAAUAAUAUUGUAAAUGAGACUUUUAUCCAGUGAAAUGUCUAAUGAGCUUGAAGGAGCAAUCUGACAGUUUGGCAAAUGGGCCUGCUUGAAGUAAGAUUGAUAAAAGCUUAACGUCAUCUUGUACAGAGAUAGGCUGGGAAUGUGUCUAACUUGGUGAAGCACCAAGACUUGAGGACUGCUAGUCUUCAGCAUAAGAGAAAUACAAAGCCAAAGCACUGCAUUAGUUUCAGCCCAUUCUUCUCUGUGUCGCUGGGUCAGAUCUGGGGGCGGAACCGAGCACUGUGCAUAAUUACACAGUGACUUUCCUAAUACUAUCACCAGCUGGUAUCAAUGUAUGUACAGUAAUAUUUAGAGACCAGCCUAUUCAAUUACAUCUGGAACCAAAAGUUAUGUCUUAAAAGUCUUUGACUCGCUAUAACAUCCCUCUUAGCCAAAACUGACAUAUCGUCACCACUUAUGGUGGUAUGGUAAACUUGUAAGCAAACAGUUUCCUAUUUAGACAUUAAGCAGACACAGAGCAACAUUAUCAUUUAUUGGGGCCCGAGUACCGACGGCAGCAAUGUAAUGUCCGAUAUUCCUGAAAAUGCACAGCCAUGUGAGCUGACGUCAUACAACAGCACCACAGCUGCCACUCCCCACAAAUCACGCGAGUGUGCGAGGGCCGGAUCAUCACUGCUUGCAGCUUUAAUUUGGAUUUGUGCGUGUUUCUGGCCAUCACUCAUGGGAUCCAUUGUUGAUAUAAAGAUAUUAAUUAUAAGUGUGCCAUUAUAAAGUGCCCUCUCUUUCUGCUUUUUCCAACCCAUGAUAAAAUUCUGCUUAUAUUGAAUUGAUAUUAUUGACAUAACAAAAUGUUGUUUUCAUGAGGGCACAAUUACAUUGCAUUACAUGUCUACAUGUAAAACUUUAGCCUGACAUGUGUUGUAUUAUUAAAACCUUCGGUGUCUAGAAUAGAACUUUAAAUGGGGGACAAUGCCUGGCUACACAACUUGAGUUCUGCAGCGAUGAAGAGGUCCCUCAUGCUGAGGUCCAUAUGUGCAGCAUAAACACAAACUUUAGUCAUCACAACACAUAACACGUUCCUUAGGAAUAUACAUACUGUGAUACAUGAAGCCAGUUAUUUAGGCCUAUUUAGGAUAAUGUACUGGAACAUGAUGGGAGUGUAUGAUGAGAAAACAGACACACACUUUCUGCUGGUUAAAGUCAGGGCACAUUAAACCUUUGUUAUCGGUCACUGAGAUCCCACCGAUUACACCUUCAACCACCUGUUUUGGCCACUCUGCUUUAAUAAAAGGCUUAAUCAACAUAAUGCACUCAUCUUAUUGUGGAGGCGCACUAUCUGAUCCCGUCCACCUCAUGGGAUCCCAUUUCCUGCUCGACCUUGACAUCCAGCUGGCAUCAAGUUGGCAUCCGUCCUGUUCAAGGACAAAACAUGGCAGCAUGAUUAAAAAUACACAGUGUUACAGGCCAAGAAGAGACCUUCUGUUGGGACGAAACACAAUCUGAUUUAUCAGGACAGACUAACUUUUUACAAUAAAUAAAAAAUAAAAUUAGCUAAAAAAGUAGUCCCACACUUAUUGAAGUAAAUUAAGUAAGGGAAUUUACUGCAUAAAUAUACUUUUUUAAAUGUCUGACUAUGCUUAUCUGUGACUUGUAGGAAACUGAGUAGAGGGUACAGGUAAUCAGUGAAUUAUAGUUAGUUAAUAGAGUUUAUUGCCUCAAUACAGCCAAGUUCAUAUGUAUCUAAUACUUCAAGAAAAUGUAAUUGAUGGCUUGGUUCAUUUAAAUUUCUUUGCUUUUGAUUUGUGGUUACAUUUUAAUAUCAUCCUUGUGCUAUGCUGGUGAAUUCAUGUAUUUAUGUUAUUACAUAAUAAUAAUAUAAUAAAAAGAAGGUUGCUUCUAAAUGCUUAAAGAAUAGAACAAAACACAAACUGUCUUUUAGAAGAGCUCCAACUUUAUUGAAGAGUUGGUUCACACAAAUUACAAGCAAAUCAAAAUGUUCUCACUUUCCUGUAGCAGCUCUCCAUGCAGAUACGUUGUUAGUUGUUGCAUAUUGUGCAUGUCUGUAUAUACUUUACAAAUUACUUUAUAUGAUUUCAAGUCUUACUGUUCUCUUGUUGCACUACAAAAGAACUACGGAACUACUUCUUUCUGUUAUAGCAUUGAUGAAAGUAAUAUUAUAUUUAUCAUCUAUACUUUUAUAUUUUCACAUUCAAUACAAAGGGGCAUAUGAAAUUUUUUUUUGUAAAACGAUGAAAAAUACAUUUCUGUAAUUGUUUUUAGUUGAUAAGUAUUCUGCAUAUUUGCACACUGUCUUAAAUGAAUGUCCUCUGUUCAGGCUUGUUAAUUCUCACUACACCACUCAUAUCACAUAUGCUCAAUGGAUUUCAAAUCCAACACCUUUUGAUCUCAGCUUCAUGGGUGUUUUUGAGGCUUAAUGAUGCUCGGCGCUGCAGGUGUCACUGUUGAAACAAAUUUAAUCUGAAUUUCAAUGAUGGAUUUUUUCCAAAGAAUAUUUUCUUCAUAAAUAAUCAUGAGAUUGGGUAAUGGUUUAUUUAAACCAAUGACUCUUUUUCUACAUUCCUUUCUCCCUCUUGCCUUUGCCUCUAUGGUCCAUUCAGAGCAACAAAGAGGUGAACAAGAUGGCAAAGGAAGCUGUUCAAGAUAGAUAUAUAGAGGUAAACAUCUAUCUAAAUCAGAAGGAAAGAACAAAAAAUGAUUCUAGAAUAUGGAAAAUGAAUAAAAUGGCAGUUUGACUUGUCGAGAGACGCCGGUCUAGUAGAAAAGGAUCCACAAUCUAGAUGUCACUCGAGUUCCAGAGG